AUGGCUUUUUCAUCUGAACAGGAGUCUUCAUCUACCGCUGUUUCUCCAAGUUCACAUUUUGUUGGAGCUCAGGAAACCUCGCCAGCCAACUCUUCUACUUUAUCUCCAUUUAGUCCAGUUGAAGGCACUAUGCAAAAGCUAUUUAUGUUGGCUUUGUCUGCUCAGCAUUCUGAAGAUCAGAUGACAUCUUCUUUUGUAUCUGGCCUACUUGAUUCACCACAAACAUUAAGCGAAUCUCAAACGCAGCCAAAUAUGCGCUGGCAUGUCUCAUACUUGGGGUUGUGGCCCUCGCACCAAGGUGGGCUUUAUCAAACUCUUAGCUUUGUCCAGGCUGAGUUCACGCACGACCUAAUCAGUCUGGUUAAAUUAUCUGUUCGCGAAUGCUUCAUCACUGGUCUGUGGCGCCGACUGUUUACAGCUGAACUCUUUCCGGCUCCAGGAAAACAGGCUGUGAAUGGUCUCCAGUCUCGUCUGCCAGCCCGACAAUCUGCCCUAGCGACUGGCAAUCUGAGCAAUACCUCUGGGCUUUGUCGUGCGAAUUUGCAGGGAGUUGUUACCAGCAGUGGUUCUAAAGAUGCUAUAGCAGAACAGAUUGCCACGAGCACAGCCCUUACCACAAGUAUUUUUGGACAGCAGGCCAUGGUGACAUCCAUUCCAGAUGCCCGCUCAUCGUUUGACUGGCCUCGGUCGACAACAUCUUCCGCUGAAUCUGAGCUUGGAUCAAAAGCCGCAUCGAGGCGUUCGUUGGCUCAACAGGCAUCGGCAAGCUUACUGGGCCUAUCGAAAGCGGAUUGUACCUUAGAACAAGCGGAUGAAGAUCUUAUUCACCUAGGUCUAAACAAUGAUGAGUUCAGGGUCAGUGCUUCGAUUUUCAGGAUAGCAUAUAAACUUGAUAAUUCAAGGGCAAUUCAGAAUCAGGCUCUGAAAAAUGAAGUUGUAUUACCUGAAUUAACACAUGAAAAAAUCAUGCCAUUAAGCGUUUUUUGCAUUCUUCCUAAGAAGCCACGAUAUUCAAUAUGUUUUUUGGCUGGUAUCCCUCGUGGUCAAGCCUGUCACCAGUCAUUUCCCCUUCAGGCACAGAUACGAAAAACACACACAACUCUUACUCACAUACUAGUGAUCUAUAUCUGGUCUAUCUAUACCUUUAGUCUUGUGCUAAUUGUCCUUCCCAUCUCUCCGAUGUAUUUUCGAUUACAGUCCUUGCAGUUUAUGCCGUAA